AUAGAAUAGAAUUGCGAUGUUCUCAAUCAAUUGCACUAACCUUCCUUGACAGGUUCCUGUAGCUAUAAGUAAAAGUUAUACAUAUAUACAUGCUAUUUUAUCGUGUUAAAGGAUAAGUCGCGGUUACGCAUAUACUUCGUUACUCAUUGUAAACGUUAAAUACACGUCCAUCUACAUUAUUAUUUGUUAAACGUUGACAUACGUUUAUUUAACAAUACAAAAUGGGAAAGGGAUUUAAUAAUUACAUGUGCAAAAAAUUUUUCCAUCCAGCAUCCCGAGACAACUUGAAACGAGUAUGGAUGGCUGAACAACAAGCAGAGGCUUAUAAGAAAAAGCAAGAAGAAUUACGUGUUCAAUAUGAAAAGGAACAGGAUCUUCACAAUAACAAAGCUUUGUUGAGUAAAGAAAGCAAGGAUAAGCUUAGCGUAAAUUUUAUGUAUGAACCACCACCUGGAGCAAAAAAAGAAAGAGAGAAAGAAGAUAAUGAGCCAGAGUAUAAAUUUGAGUGGCAACGCAAGUACAAUGCACCAAGAGAAAGUUAUUGUAAAGGAGACAGCGAAAUAAGAGAUCAACCAUUUGGUAUUCAAGUACGAAAUGUUCGUUGUAUCAAGUGUCAUAAAUGGGGACACAUAAAUACAGAUAAAGAGUGUCCUCUGUACAGUCAAGCAAUGAGCGUAGUAAUGGCAAAUAAUUCACCAAGUACAUCUGCUCCAGAUGCUUUAACGUUAGUGCAACAAAUGAGAGAAGAUGGAUUAGCACUUAAAAAAUCUGCUCUUAGUGCUCAACAACAUUUACGAGUCCCUGAGCAUGAACAUCUUAUGGUAUCAGAUGAUGAAGAGCAAUCUGAAAUUACAUUCUUGAAAACCUUGUCUAAAAAAGAAAAAAAGAAGUUAUUAUUGAAAUUACAACAACUUGAGAAAAAAACCAAGAAAGCGGAAAAGAAGAAAUUGAAAGAGAAACGAAAUAAACGCAAAAGAAAUAAUAGCGAAUCAGAAACUGACAGUAGUAGCAGCAGCAGCAGUGAUAGCUAUAGUGAUAGUAGUACUAGUAGUUCGAGUACUAGCAUUAUAAGUAGUGAUAGUAGCUCUGUGAAUACCAUUGAUAAAACUUUAAAUGAUUACAUAUCAAAAAAGGUUAAGAAGAAACAAGCAAAAGAAAGAAAGAAAAAGGAAAAAGCAGGUUAUAUUUCAAAUGGUGGCUCUAUGAAUCGUCAUCGGAAAAAAGAGAAAGAUAGAACAGGUAAUCAGAAGAGAAGAAGUGAAUUUAAGCAUGAAAGGAAACCUAAAUACAAGAAAUAUCAUGGAAAAGAUGUGAAGGAAAGUAAAAAUGAAGAUUGUUAUAUCUACAAGAAAAGAAAGUUCAUAGAGUCUAAUGAAGACAAAAUCAAUGAAAAUCAAAACAAAAAGAGAACUAAACGAUUUUAAAAUUAAUUGUGUUUUCGAUAUCAAAAAUACACGUGUGGUGUAAAGGUGCACGCUGUAUCUGGUAUUCACAUAAGUUGUGUAGAGUACAAGAAGUACGAUAUAUGCAUAGUGAGUUACAUAUUCUAUGUCAUUCCAGAAGAUAUUAAUUGCAUUCCUUUUCAUAU